AUGGAGCAGGUUAAGAAAAUUUGAACAGCAACAGGUCAUGAAUGGUUGUUCUUUGUUCAGUUGCAGUGGUAACAUGACCAGUAAACUAGGAAUGCCAAUCAAAGAGAAAGGAUCAGAUUUGUUACUCGAAAGGUAGAGUUUGGAAGAUGGAGGGAAUCAAGAAAAUUGCGUGUAUCGGCGCUGGGUAUGUAGGUGGACCCACGUGUUGUGUUAUCGCUAAAAAAUGUCCCAAUAUAAAAGUGACUGUUGUUGAUCUAAGCCAAGAAAGAAUCGACGCUUGGAAUUCAGAUGAGUUGCCAAUAUAUGAACCAGAUCUGUUUACUUUGGUCAAAGAGACCAGAGGACGCAAUUUGUUCUUCACAACAGACAUAGAUGGAGCAAUCAUGGAAGCUGAUUUAAUAUUUAUUUCUGUAAAUACACCAACAAAAACAUUUGGACUGGGGAAGGGAAGAGCUCCUGAUUUAAAGUAUAUUGAAGCUGCUUCAAGGAACAUUGCAAGAGUUGCAAAGGGAAAAAAGAUAGUUGUUGAGAAAAGCACUGUGCCUGUUAAGGCUGCAGAAAGUAUAAGUCGUAUUGUGUCUGCAAACCAAAAGAAUGGAUUGUCAAUCCAGGUACUUUCCAACCCUGAGUUUCUAGCAGAGGGCACAGCCAUCAAAGAUCUUUUGUAUCCGGACAGAGUUCUUAUUGGCGGAGAACAAACGAAAGAGGGUCUUGCUGCCAUCGAUUCCUUGGCAUCGAUCUAUCAACAUUGGGUUCCAGCAGAAAAGAUUGUGAAAAUGAACACUUGGUCAUCAGAAUUAUCGAAGCUGGCAGCAAAUGCUUUUCUUGCCCAAAGAAUAUCCAGUAUAAACGCAAUGAGUGCGGUUUGUGAGGCUACAGGUGCUGAUGUAACCGAGGUUGCACAUGCCGUUGGCAUGGAUACAAGAAUAGGAAGCAAAUUCCUGCAAGCGAGUGUAGGCUUCGGUGGCAGUUGUUUCCAGAAAGAUGUCCUGAAUCUCGUUUAUCUUUGCGAGGCACUGAAUCUGCCAGAAGUUGCUGCAUACUGGCAUCAAGUUAUUACUAUGAAUGAAUACCAAAGAAGACGCUUUGCUAAUAGAAUCAUUAACUGCCUUUUCAAUACCGUUACGGAUAAGAAGAUUGGACUUCUUGGCUUUGCAUUCAAAAAGGACACAGGGGAUACUAGAGAGUCGCCGAGCAUUUUCAUCUGCAAGUACCUUAUAGAAGAAGGAGCUCAAGUGGCCAUUUAUGAUCCUAAAGUUUCAAAGUCACAAAUAUUUCUAGAACUGACUGAUCCCAGUCUUGGUAUGGACCCUGAACGAGUAAAGAGGCUGGUAAAAGUUUUUCAAAGUCCUUAUGAAGCAGUGGAGAAGAGUCAUGCACUUGUGAUUUGCACUGAAUGGGACGAAUUCAAGACCCUAGAUUACACUCGCGUGUACCAAAGCAUGUUGAAGCCUGCUUUUGCGUUCGAUGGGCGCCUCAUUCUGGAUCACAAGUGUUUGACUGACAUUGGAUUUCAAGUCGAGGCUAUAGGCAAAGUGCUGGAAAAUGGUGACCCUAUGCCAAUAGAACAGUCAUUUGUUUCUUAAAGAAUUUUAUUAGCAUCGUCAUUUUAAAAUUUUAACAUUUUACUGAAUUUAGGCAAAGUAACCAUAUUUCCUAAUGUACAAAGUAGCCUCGAAAACUGUGGCAAAGAAUCAUAUUUUAUCCUUCAAUAUUUUUAUGAUAUAAUGAAAACUUGUAUUAGAUAUAUAAUAUUGAUAUCAUUGCGGUUGGAAUAUUUCAAUAAUUUCAAUUUCUGUGUACCUCCUAGUGUAGAAACAUAAAAAAGGUUUGUAUAAUCCAGGGACCAAGGCAUUAUUUAACAGAAUCUGAGUUUCAAGUGCAUUUUAAGGAUGUACUUGGUAUUUAAUUAGCAACUAAACAAUAAUAGUUUGCACUAAAGAUUUCUUUUUUAUCAAAAGAGAAUAAUGUGGGUAUCAAAACACUAUAAAAAGUGAACCAAAUAUUUUAAAAAAAUAUAAUUUUGUAAAAUAUAACUCACGAGGAAAAAGAUUAGACUUGGAAAGGCGAGAAGCAUCCUAUCCUCGAUAUCGCGAGAACAGCUACCCUUGGUACUCGUUUGCCGACCCCAAAGGGAUGGUCAUCCGAGACAUCCGAGAUAGCUGAAUACAACUUUGCUUGUUACAGGGGGAUCUUUUACGAUGUAAAUGCGUUCGUAAAAUACAAAACUGGUGUAUUUCUGUUCUUAGCAAAGCUUUAGAACUUUCUUUAUAGACACCCAUCUGAGGACGGAAUUUCAUUAGACAAUUAGAUGAGGUGACUUUGUUUAUACCCAGGUGCUUGUCGAAAAUAGACAUUUUCAUACUUUCGUGCAUUUUGUCAUCUUUCUCUUUACAUUUUGACACGACAUUGGUCAUAUCUUGCAGAUUUAUUGCAAAUCUUUGGCGAUGUUUUGAUGACAACAGGUUCUAUUUUGGACAUGAAAUGUUCUCGAUUUUCGAGCUCUAUCUGAUACUGCCUGUUGAUUCAGUAUGCUUCAGCAAGGUGAUGACAAAAAUGCUGUUAUUGUCUGUUUGGUAUCCAUGUCUAAAAACAAUAAAGACACCUUUGUAGAAUCUUGAAGAACAUUGUCGUGCUUUUCUCUCUGAGCAUGCGUUUUGCACGGGCAUGCGUUUUUGCGCGGGCAUGCGUUUUUGCGCGGGCAUGCGUUUUUGUGCGAGCAUGGAAUUCGUUUGGUGAAUCGAAGUGUAAUGGCGGCUGAGCAGGGCCUAGCUGUGUGUUGUCUGAAGCACAUAUACGUUAGUCACACAUAAACAAAUCAAAGCUUGUAGACACGUGAUGAAUUCAUAAGCUGAAAUAACAAUCAGUAGGUCUUGUUAUACUCCAUUAAUUUACAUCAACAAAGACUACCAAACAAUACUGAACGGAGCAUGGAUGAAUAUAGCAACUUUGCAGUCAUCAUAUUUAACAGUAAGCAAAAUGCAUCGACAUUUUUAAAUUAAGAUUCAGUCAGUGGGAUUGAAGAGCCAAGCUAUGUAAUGAGUUACCAAGGGAAAUAAGAAAUUCAUCGUCUACAUUCUCAUUUAGGAAAAAUUUUAAAUAACACCUAUACACCAGUAUGUGAACCUUUAAACUUUUUAUUGCGUUUUUUUAUUCAGACAUGAAGUUAGAAAAAGGAGGUGCUCUAUCCUCGAUUAGUUUAUCUACUGAUAGAGCCUCUUCUUAAAAAAUACAAUCUUCUAUCAAUUUACAGUAAUUUUCUGU